AUGAGAAUUGUGUUUGUGAUUGGGUUUUUGAUGGCCUUCACGUCGGUGUUGGCGGUCGCCGCCCACUGGGCACCCGAGGACCACGAGAUCUUCAAGUUACGGGACCAGGUGGAGGAUGAUUUGGGCAAAGGUGCCACUUUCUACUCGUGGUUGAACUUGAAGCAAGGUUCCAAGUCCACUUUGGAGGAAAUCUCCAAAGCAUACCGAAAAAAGUCCAGACUGCUUCACCCGGAUAAAUUCCACUCCGCCAAGAAGUCUGUGAGGGAAAUUGCCGAGGAACGGUUCCAACGUCUUUCGUUGGUGGGAAACAUCUUGAGAGACCAGCUGUUGAAGACCAGGUAUGAUUAUUUCCUUGAAAGAGGGUUCCCCAAGUGGAAGGGAACCGGCUACUACUAUUCGCGGUUUCGCCCGUCAAUGUUGGUGACGGUGGUGUUCUUGUAUGUGGUGGUUGGUGUGUUUCACUUCAUUACGUUGAGAAUCAGUCGCCAACAGGACUUCAAGCGGGUUGUUCAGUUGAAAGAACAGAUCAAAUACGGGGCUUGGAAUGGCAACCUUCCUCCCACGGAUGGGCUGAGCAUCCAGGUGACGAGCCCCACAAACGGGAAAGAGUUUGUGGUGUAUGCCACUGGUGACGUGUCCAUGGUAGAAACCGAUGACAAUGGAAACACCCAACUCUGGCGGUUGGACGAACACGAUAUCAAGACCAGCGUAGGGUUCAAGGACACAUUAUUCUUCCGGUUCCCGGUGUUUUUGUAUAAUAGCAGUUUGGGAAAUGUUUUGGGACAAAUAGAUACGGCAGAGCCGGCGAGUGAGCAUCAAGAUGAUAAGCCCAAGCCAAAGAAGAAGCUGAACAAGAAUAAAGGUGAUAAGUUGGAGCUUCCAAACGGGAAAGUCAUUUAUGGCAGAAAAAAUUUGAAGAAGAGAAAGUAG